GAAGUUGGAGAUGCUUCAGGAUCUUUUCUGGAUGUGUGGCGCACACAAAGUUGCCGCACCGCCACAGACGCGUUCAGCUGAGCUCUCGUCGAACGCGACUUGUUUCUGUAAACACACCGUCGUCUGCUUGUUUGUUGUUUGUCGCAGAACAGUACACGAUGCCUUCUCGAUACUAUGAUAUAGACGAUUUUAUUGCCGACGGACAGAAAAUCCCGUGUAUUUUCCAGACUGCGGUGCCUGAGAUGGGAUAUCUCGAACACGGACGGAGUGAGAGCACAGAUAUCAGACACGGUGCGCGACUAGAACUGCCGCUAUGGCUGGCCGAACCGCUAGCAAUGGGUGUCUCUGACGAAUUCCCCAACGGCCUAGUAAUGGUCUCCACCCCCGCCCCCUUCACCUCCAAAAUCAUCAACGCGCUGAAAGCCAACGCGGUGAACGUCGACCUGCGCUCGCUCACCAUGUAUUUCUUCAGACUGGCCCAGCGCUGGCUCGAGCUCACCGGCGACCACACCCUGCUCGCGCAGAUCUCGGCCGCAUUCAAAGAGCGCGCGGUGGUGGUUAACGAUUACGCUUACAACACACGGAGUACGAGUCUGAUGACGGAUAGCUCGGAGUUUAUGGGCAAGCUUGAUGAUACCGAGGUUAAAUUGUAUAAAGCGGCACAUGUGGCAUCCCGACAGUUCAAAAAGUGGGUUAGCAUCAAGAAAUGAGCUUUGGGAAGGGGACACGGCGUUACUGAUUUCAAUUUCUAUUUGUGAUGUACACUCCA